AGGACUUGGCUCAGAUUCAGCGACCGCAGCUUUUCAUUGAGAAAAAUCCACCGGAGAUCAAUUUGGUCGCGGAGCUGCAGGGGAUGUAGAGAAGGAAAAAUCCCGCACGGCCAAGAAACUUCACACAAGUGAAGACUCCUGCAACAUGGACGGCUUUUAUGACCAACAGGUUCCCUUCCUCAUCCCAGAGAGUAAAAGUCAUGCAGAGGAAGCAGAGACAUGUCUCAGUGCCAGGAAAAGGAAGUUCAUGGACACAGAGUUGGCUCAGGACACAGAAGAGCUUUUUCAGGAUCUGAGCCAGCUCCAAGAAAUCUGGAUUGCAGAGGCUCAGGUUCCCGACGAUGAGCAGUUUGUCCCCGAUUUCCAGUCCAGUAACCUGAUGUUUCAUGGGCCGCCUGUGGGCAAAGUGAAACAAGAGCCCAGUCCGUCCAAAGACCUGUCCCCCUGCAGGAAGCCUUCAGCUGUAAUGUGCCUUUAUAAUUACAGUGCCUGUGACAACAAACCAGCUGUGACUCCAGCCUCCACACCUGCACUCCAGCGUGGCCCCACACAGCUGCAGCCGUCAGCGCCGCAGCUCGCCACAAGCUGCCUCCCAAGCCACGUUCCUGUCAUGAGCCCCUCACACCACCACCGCCAACAACAACAACAACACCACCACCACCACCACAGCCUCCCACCCGCAACCCAAAAUCAACACUUUGCUCUGCCGGGUCCCCCGAUCAGCUUCAGCAGGGAACAGAGGUUCCAGCGGCAGCUGUCAGAGCCCUGCUUGCCCUUCCUGCCCCCAGAGAAGAAAACAAACGCACUGUACCCCGGCACGAGCCAGGACGGGCGCCCACUGUACCAGCGCCACCUCUCUGAGCCCCUGGUUCCCCACGGCCCCCCGCAAGUUUUCAAACAGGAGCUGGUGGACCCGCGAUACGCAGAGCAGGAGCCACCUGGUCCGGGUCUGACCCAGAACCAAACCACGUUCAACCACGUCACCAUCAAACAGGAGCCCAGAGACUUCACCUUCGACUCAGAGGUUCAAACCUGUCAGUCGUCAUCGUUUCGGAAGUCUCCCGUCUCUUACCAAAACAAUAUUGGAUUUGGCCAAGACAGAGAUCCACAUCUGUACUACGACGACACGUGUGUUGUGCCGGAAAGACUAGAAGUAGCAGCUAAAGUGAAGCAGGAGUGUUUGCCAUACCAGCGCCGUGGAUCCCUGCAGCUCUGGCAGUUUCUGCUAACGCUGCUCGACAACCCAGCUAACAGUCACCUGAUCGUGUGGACGGGACGCAACAUGGAGUUCAAACUGAUCGACCCUGAAGAGGUGGCUCGGCUCUGGGGGCUGCAGAAGAACCGACCUGCCAUGAACUACGACAAGCUGAGCCGCUCACUGAGAUAUUACUACGAGAAGGGAAUCAUGCAGAAGGUGGCAGGGGAAAGGUACGUCUACAAGUUUGUGUGCAACUCCGAGGCUCUUUUCUCCAUGGCGUUCCCAGACAACCAGAGGCCGAGGCUGAAGGCCGACCCGGACUCUGUCCCGCUUCCCAGCGAGGAGGACGGUCUCCCCCUGCCCAGCUUUGAUGAGGAAGGUCCGUACCUUCCAGACGCAGGCGAGCAGGGCAACCAGGGACUGACUUUCCCUGACGGCUACAUGUACUAGACUCAGCUGGAAGUUUUCUAAAAUUAAAAGGUAAAUGUCUCUUACGGCAUACGCUUAAUUUGCUCAAUGAGACAUCGGAUAAUCUGAGACUGCUCAUUUUAAUUUGAACCCAUUUCAAAAAAGGAAACCCUGUAUGUAAGUCUAUUUUUGUCCUGAUUUGGUCCCAUUUGUUAUCACAACUUCAGGGCCACUGUUCAACUAUAAAGUUGUAAAAUUUGUUCAAUUUGAGAGAAGAUUAUAUUUCAAACAAAACAUUAUUAUUAUACUAUUAUUUUUCUUGUCAUUUUAAUGGCAAAACUGUUGUCUGUCCAUAACGGGAGACAAAAAAAAAAUCACAAUAUUUCAUUCCAGCAGCAUAGAUAUGUAAAAUUUUACUUAAAAGGCUCAUAAUACGGAAUAAAUUAAUAUUUUGAAAAAGCAUAAUAUGGCUACAAGUCAAUAUUACGUAGUUUUUCCACUUAAAAAAAGUAGUAUAGUCACAACGAUACAAAUAAUAAAUAAUAAUAAAUUUACUAUGAUUAAUAGUAAAUAUAUAAUAUUGACUGUUUCUGAGGGAAGAAAAUGGCACAUGCUACAUUUUGCUUUACAUAAGUGUUAAGUAACCACAAUACAAUGACUUUAAUCUUAAAAUAAUAGAGGUUUUAUUCACUUUACCUUUAAUAUCAUGAAUUCUGUGAAAAUACUAGUUUUAUUUUCAAUAUCUACAUUUUUUUGUGGUUAAAGCUGGAGCUAAUUUCGUCGCAUGGCCGUUGCUAUAGUCCUCGCAUAUGUCGUGAACUCUGGGAUCUGGUUUUUGAACCAAAUAAAUAUAUAUGAAAAAAAAAUUAUAUAUAUAUAUCUGGAAGCCAUGGCAUUCAUCUCCUGACGAACCUAUCAUUGUUUUUGUUUUGUUUUUUGAGACCUAUAAAUAACUUGUACUGAAUUGUCUCUUGUGUACGUUUUCCUGUUUUUAAAAGCUAAUAUUUUUGGCAUUAUAUGGACAUUUUAACGUACGUUUUCCUAUAACUGUUUUAUGACAAAGGUACAGCUUCUAUUUUUGAUUCCGUAGCACUCUGAUGCCAACGUUCAGCAUGUACUUUCUUACGGCUAACAGUCAUUGUACCGAGAUAGUUUUCUGCCUUUUGUAUAUUUGAUUUGCUUCUCUGUGUAGAAAAGGUGUAUAAUUAUUAUAUAUGAAUAUAUUUUUGCUCAAGGCUCCGUGUUCUUGUCGCUGAGUUAUGAGCUGCAGAGUUCUGUCUGCUAGUACGUUGCAGUAACUUCAGCUUCUUCAAGCUGUGUGCCUUUUGUUAUGAUCUUUACUGACACAAUAAACUAUUUUACUAUUUUU